GGUGCAGGUGUGGUGUUCCCAGGGCCCAGGUGCGGUCUCCCACCACCACACGACACGUCACCACAGGCCCUGCCCACACUCCUCUGGACCUGGGCAUGGCUGGCCUGAACGUGUCCCUCUGUUUCUUCUUUGCCACUGUUGCCCUCUGCGAGGUGGCCAGGAGGGCGUCCAAGGCCCUGCUCCCCGCGGGCGCCUACGACUGCUUUGCCCGGGAGGCACUGGGCAUGGCCCAGCUCGGGGCCUGCUGCCUGGAGCUGAGGAUGCUGGCGGAGCUUGGCCCCUGGGCCGGGGGCUUCGGGCCUGACCUGCCGCUGACCCUACUCUUCCUGCUCUUCCUGGUGCACGGGGCUACCUUCGACGGGGCCGCAGCCAACCCCGCUGUGUCCCUGCAGGAGUUCCUCCUGGCUGAGGCGUCCCUGCCCCACACGCUGCUGAAGCUGGCAGCCCAGGGGCUGGGCGUGCAGGCAGCCUGCACGCUGACGCAGCUCUGCUGGGCCUGGGAGCUCAGUGACCUGCACCUGCUGCAGAGCCUCCUGGCCCAGCACUGCAGCUCGGCCCUGCGCACCUCCGUGCCCCAUGGCGCACUGCUGGAGGGCUCCUGUGCCUUCCUCUUCCACCUGGCCCUCCUCCGCCUCCGGCGCAGCCUCCCCAUCUGCAGAGUGGCGGCUGUGGCUCUGCUGGUCACCCUCAUGGCCUACACAGCUGGGCCCUUCACAUCUGCCUUCUUCAACCCCACCCUGGCCACUGCAGUCACCUUCCACUGCUCCGGGCACACCUGGCUGGAAUAUGCCCAGGUGUACUGGCUAGGCCCUCUGACAGGGAUGGUCCUGGCUGUCCUGCUUUACCAGGGCCACCUUCCUCGCCUUUUCCAGAAGAACCUGCUCUAUAGUCAGAAGAGCAAGUACCGAACCCCGAGAGGAAAGCCAGCCCCAGGUCUCUCUGCCACUUAUUUACAGAAUGGAGUGAAAGGUAAGACCUGGGGACAGAAGGAGGCCAGGGUGAGCGGGCCUGGGCCAAGCAGCGAGCACAGUGGCACCUGGACCUGCUGCAUGCCCGCAGCCCAGGGGUCCCCAGCAAGUCCCGCAGCCUCUGCACAGGCAGCCCAGGAGGGGCACUCGGUUCCAGCAGAGCUUUUCCCGGGACGUCAGCACAGGGAAGAGAAUGCCUGGCUGCCCUGAGGCUCCCAGGGAGCGUUGGCACUCAAGGGCUAGAUUCUGCUCUGGACACUCCCGGAACUUUAUUUCAGGGCCGUCGCGAGCUCUGAAAUAAAGCUAAGGUAAUGAUCACCGCAUCCGAUGGAGAGGAACGCGAUUUUCCUAGGAACUGUGGAUGGAUGAUUAACGUGGAAGGUCAUUUUAAGAGAUUUCUUCCUCGCAAUUGAAGAUAGAGUGGUAGAAAUCACAAAUAGAUGUUUCCAGCGAUGUGCGAAUCACGAAUCCCUUUUCAGCCUCUUACAGGAUUCAACGAAUCGCAAGGACCGUUGGAGGGAAACUAAAAUCACACUGCAAGCUAGCAUGUUUUUAAUUUUUAAAAAUGUUUAUCUUUUAUUCUCAUGUUAGCAUUUAAUGUUACACUCAGUCUUGCACCUAACGGGGUUGUGUGACGAGGUCGAUAUUGGAAGAACCAUCCACUCGGGCCGGCUCUGUGGCUUUGUGGUUAGGUGAGCCAGAUCCCACG